AUGAAGCAACACUUGGCCAGCCUCCCCCGCCUUGCCUCAGUCUCUCCUAGGGAGAGGCUAUGCCUCUACCUGGCUGCCUCCCAGCACGCAGUCAAUUCCGUCCUGGUCAAAGAAAACUCCGGCGAACAGCAUUCGGUCUACUAUGUCAGCCACGUCCUGAACGGGCCCGAGGAGCGAUACCCACUGAUUGAAAAAUUGGCACUCGCGCUCGUCCUGUCCGCCCGGAAACUACGCCCUUACUUCCAGGCUCACCCAGUGGAGGUCAUCACCGACCAACCACUUCGGCAGAUCUUGUCUAAAUUUGAUGUUGCAGGACGCCUUCUCAAGUGGGCGGUGGAGCUCGGUGAGCAUGACAUCCAAUACGUACCCAGGACCGCCAUCAAAGCCCAGUCCGUGGCCGACUUCAUCGCAGAACUAACCCAGAUCGCGGACGGGGAUCUCGAGCAACCUCCCGAAGCAUGGGUCCUACACGUGGACGGAUCGACUAACUCAAAGGGCGCCUGCGCAGGGUUGGUUCUACUAGCUCCUAAUGGAUGCUCGUUCGAGCGUUCCCUCCGCUUCGGGUUCCAAGCCACUAAUAAUGAGGCGGAAUACGAGGCGCUCUUAGCAGGACUCAGGUUGGCCCUCGAAAUGCAAGUGGCUGCCAUACACGUCCUCACCGACUCGCAACUGGUAGCCGAGCAAUUCAACGGCGGAUACGAGGCUCAGGACCCAACCAUGGCAAAGUACCUAGCACAGGUAAGGAACUUGACCACCAAAUUCCCUCAUUUUACAUUAUCUAAUGUUUCGAGGGAAGAGAACGAGCGAGCCGACACGCUAGCCAAGCUGGCGUCAAGGCCAGCCCCCGAAGCCCGGCCCGAGUUCGAGGAGCUCCCUGCUCGUGCCAUCAAAAUCGCAGCUGCGGCCUCGGGAAGUGCGUCGACCACAUGGGUACAGGAGUUGCUAUGCUUUAAGCGGGACGAGAUCCUUCCUCCCGAUGAGGUUGCGGCUCGGCGCCUGCGUCGUACGCAUGCGUGGUACUCCGAGGUGAGCGGACGGUUCUAUAAGCGGUCCUUCACAUACCCCCUCCUAUGGUGUUUGGAGCCCGACGAAGCUCAGAUGGUUCUGGCCGAGGUUCACGAGGGAGUCUGCGGGGAACAUAUCGGCGGGCGAACCCUAGCGCACAAAAUACUUCGCCAAGGUUACUACUGGCCGACCAUGUGCCGGGACGCGAAGGCUUAUGUACAGCGGUGCAGUUCGUGCCAAGAAUACGCCUGCACGCCCCGGCAGCCCGCGGUCCCGCUCACCCCCAUCGAUUGCGCAUGGCCAUUCGCGCAGUGGGGUUUGGACCUACUCGGACCCUUCCCGCCAGCCUCGGGACAGCGGAAGUAUAUCAUCGUGGGGGUGGAUUAUUUCACAAAGUGGGUUGAGGCCGAGCCCUUGGCGACAAUCACGGAGCAUUAA